AUGUCUGCCAUCAUCAACAAGGCCACCGGUCUCGUCAACUCUGCCGUUGCCAAAUCUACACAACUCGCCAACUGCGCCGUCUACUGGGGAAAGGUUACUGGUGAGAUUGCCAAGACCGUUUACAAGUCUGAAGGUUUGGCUCCACCAUCGCAAGCGCAAUUCAAGCAGACCUACCAGUCGUGGUUCAAUGUGUUGAAGAGCACUAACGAGCAGAAGCAGCUCCUCAAGAAGUUGAGUGGCGUGCAAGCUGACAAGGCUACCGUCACCAAGGCUGCUGUCUACGGUAUCCACUGUUUGGCCUUUUUCUCUGUGGGUGAAAUCAUCGGCAGAAGAUCCAUCUUCGGCUACCCAGCCGUUGGCCACGCCGAGCACCACUAG